GUUCGAUCAGAGAGAGAGAGAGAGAGAGGAAGGGAGCAAGAGAGGGUAGAGCAGAGAAUCAAAGAAAGGUGAAACUUCCGAAGAGGGAGAGGAAGAUGGAGGAUUCUGGUAAAAGAAGAGCUAGAGUUAGGGUUUGAAGAGCGAGCCGGGUUAUACAGAGAAUCAAAGCCCUCGAGUUUGCAGGAUUUCCAUGUCUCGGCAGGUGAACCCCUUCGCCCUCCUGGGCGACGACGACGACGGCGAUGACGUGGCGACGCUCCUCGCCAGCGUCGUCGCCAAGGCCCCGGCGCCGACGGAGAAGAAGAGCCAGCAGCCGCAGAAGAGCCAGCAACCCCCAGCGGGCCCUGCGAAGUUGCCUUCGAAGCCUCUUCCUCCCGUUGAAUCCGUGAGAGCGGAGAGAGGUAGAGGAAGAGGAGGACGAGGUCGAGGCAUGGGCCGUGCUGGACAAGGUGACAAUGAUGCUGGGCAGUUUGGAAAUGAGCGUGCUAAUGGUUAUCAAAGGAAUUACGGUGCUGAUUAUGAUGGAAAUGCUGUUGAUGACACCUGGCGUGGGCGAGGAAGGGGAAGGGGAAGAGGCCGUGGCCGUGGCCAAGGCCAAGGUUUUAGGGAAGACAGUGGGUUUGGGAGUGAGAAUCAAGAUCAUGGUCAGAACGGAAACCAAGGGCAGGGUGAUGGAGGAUGGGAUGAGGGAACUGAGAACUAUGGAAAUGGGAAUCGCUCGUUCAAAAACGAAAGCCUGAAUUCAGGUGAAGGAAGGGGCUAUGAAAACCGUGGGUUUAGAGGAGGCAGGGGCCGCAAUUCUGGGGGCCGCGAUGGGCGGUAUGGCAGGGGAGAAGAACACAAUGAAUCUGAAAAGAAAGAAGAAGUUGGUGACUGGAAGGAGCAGACUGGAAACAACGGUAGCGGCACUGGAUGGGAUGUUUCGGAGACUAUUGAAGUUCCAAAGGACGGAGAGCCUGAUCAAGCAAAGCCCGAACAAGCAGUUCAAGAUGUUUCUGACAAAAAGGUAGAAGAAGAAGAAAAGGAAAUGACCCUUGAUGAAUAUGAGAAGCUGCUGUCUGAGAAGAGGAAGGCUUUGGAAGUUCUGAAAAGUGAGGAGAGGAAAGUUGCCCUUGACAAGGAUUUUGAGUUGAUGCAACUUGUUGAAAAAAAGAAAGAGGACAACCUUUCUGUUAAAUUGAAGUCUGAAAAGGACAAGCUUAAGAAGAAGGAUAGCCUUGAAAAGGAAGAGAAAGUUCGUAAGUCUGUGAGCAUAAACGAAUUUCUGAAGCCGGCGGAGGGCGAUAAGUACACGGGGCCUACAACUGCUCGGGGCCGUGGUGGGCGUGGCCGUGGUCGUGGAGAGCGUGGUGGUGGCGGAUUCAGGGGAGGCUUUUCGGGGCGGCCCAGCACUGAGGCUGAUCAUGCCGCUCCUGCACCUUGCAUUGAGGAUCCUGGCCAGUUCCCGCACUUGGGUGGAGCAUUGAAGGCAUGAUUUUUGUUAGUAUGGUAAUUAAUCAGUAUCUGAACAUUUUCUACUAGCAGAUAUGAAUUUGACUUAAAAAAAGAACUUUUUUUUUUUUUUUUUGUACUUCUGAAGCUAGUGGCUUUUUUUUUCCUAUUAAAUUAUUAUAGUUAUAUAAUCAUAGUGUCUGAAAUCUGCUUCUUUUUUUUUUCCAUUGCCCCUGUUGCUACAUUCUGUUCUUCCUCCCUUGCAUGAGCUUGCCAAUGCAUCACAUGUUUCCUGCAUUGGUCAGGAUUGGUGAUCCAAGAAAUUGGCAGGUCCAAGUAUAAGGUGGGCUUGUUCAUUCCAAAAUGAAAGGAUGUUGUCCCCCGGA